UGUUUUUAUAUAUGUACGGGGGAGCAGCAACUAAACAAUGACGCAUCUUGCAUUGAUUCUGUCAACAUUAACCUGAGAGGAUCCCAAAAGCCUCUAGUCCCUUUAUAUCCUCAAAUUUUGAUACUCCACAUGUGAUAUGCACCAUUUGAAGGCAGCAUUACCCAGAAGCCAACUUGUUCUUUGUAAUCCUUUUUUUUUUGGUAUGCCUUCUCCUCCUGCUGAAAAGUUGGACUCAUCUUCUUUAUGUACCCCCGCUCCUCUGUUUAAUAUAUAGUUAUACCUAUUAUCUCUCUCUCUGUCCACCAUUCUACAAAGACAGACAGAAAUAUCAACUUUUAUCUUACAUCGCUUGUUUUCCUUCUGCUGCAAGAAAUCAACAACAACAAAAAUUUAGGGAUGGGUUUCUUAGAGUUAUUAGAGGUGGCUUCAAUGCCAAUCGUUCAAGUUCUCCUAAUCAGUGUCCUUGGUGCUUUCUUGGCAACUGAUUACUGCUCUCUUCUCUCCGCUGACACCCGAAGAUCCGUGAACAAGCUCGUCUUCGUGGUCUUCACCCCCUGCAUCAUGUUUGCCAAUCUUGCCCAGACUGUAACAUUGCAGGAUAUUAUUUCAUGGUGGUUCAUGCCCAUAAAUGUUGGAAUCACAUUUCUAGUAGGAGGCAUUCUUGGAUGGUUGGUUGUGAAACUGCUGAAUCCCAAACCUCAACUUCAUGGUCUCAUAAUCGCUACAUGUGCCUCAGGCAAUAUGGGAAACCUUAUGAUUAUUUUGGUCCCUGCCAUUUGUGAUGAGGAAGGCAGUCCUUUUGGGAAUCGAAGUGUUUGCAGAUCCAUUGGACUAUCCUACGCAUCUUUCUCUAUGGCCGUAAAGUCAAAACAAACAUAUAUCAUCUUCUCUGCUCAGAGUUCUGUAACUAAUCGUGACUUACUUUUUUUUUAUUUUUUUGGGGUUCUCAUGCAGCUCGGGGGUUUCUAUAUUUGGACAUACAGUUACCAACUGGUGAGAAGCUCUGCUACACAGUUCAAAGCUCUUGCAGGCGCCGGCUUGGUCAAGUCUGCCAACAAGGACAUCGACUCUGAUCCCCGCAGUCUUCUCCUGAAGCCGCAACAAAAUCAAGACCUUGAAAUUCAAGGGAAAGAAAAGAUGUCUACCAGGACAUACAUCAAGGACUUGCUCCAUCAGAUUCUUGAGGAACUCUUCGCCCCACCCACUAUUGGUGCCAUUCUUGGUUUCGUCUUCGGAGCAACCAAUUGGCUGAGGAAUCUUAUAAUAGGGGAGAAUGCGCCGUUGCGAGUCAUCCAAGAUUCAGUGAAACUACUAGGGGAGGGCACAAUACCUUGCAUCACACUCAUACUGGGGGGAAACCUGAUUCAGGGUUUGCGUUCCUCAGCCGUGAAAACCUCAGUGAUUGUAGGAGUGAUCUGUGUGAGGUAUAUCAUCCUUCCAGUGGUGGGGGUAGGGGUGGUACAGUUAGCAUGGAGUUUAGGCUAUCUUCCUCCGGACCCUCUCUUCCGCUACGUUCUCAUGCUUCAGUUCACACUGCCGCCUGCUAUGAAUAUCAGUACAAUGGCACAGCUGUUUGACGUGGCUCAAGAUGAGUGUUCAGUCAUCUUUCUGUGGACCUACCUGGUUGCAUCCUUAGCACUCACCAUGUGGUCAACUAUAUUCCUCUCCAUCCUCUCCUAAAAAUCAAACGGAGU